AGCGAAGCGAAGCGAUCACGUGACUUAACCCGGAACUGAGCAGCGUCUAUAUUUUUAUCAUCGAGAUAGCUUGGUGGCGACUGACUGUAGCGCACAGCCAGCAACAGUAUGUCUAGAUUUUUUCUAUUACUUACUUUUCCUGUUCUUUUUGAUUUUACCUUUUCUAUUACGUUCUAUCUACCGGUAAAUCUUAGAAAAUGUUUGCGGGAAGAGAUCCACAAAGACGUGCUGGUCACAGGCGAAUACGAAGUUAGCGAACAACCAAAUGCGAAAACCAAUCUCAAGAUUACAGAUUCAUCAGGUCACAUCUUGUACUCCAAGGAGGAUGCUUCAAAGGGGAAGUUUGCCUUUACAACAGAGGAUUAUGAUAUGUUUGAGGUUUGCUUCGAAAGCAAAUCCCCCCUAGGUACUGGGGGGGUCACAGACCAGCUGGUCAAUUUAGACAUGAGGCAUGGUGUGGAGGCAAAGAAUUACGAAGAGAUUGCAAAAGUUGAGAAGCUGAAGCCCCUAGAAGUUGAACUAAGACGUCUCGAAGACUUGUCGGAGUCCAUUGUGAAUGACUUUGCCUACAUGAAGAAGCGUGAAGAGGAAAUGAGGGACACAAAUGAAUCCACCAACAUGCGUGUCUUGUACUUCAGUAUCUUCUCCAUGUGCUGUCUAAUUGGGCUGGCAACGUGGCAGGUCUUCUACCUACGGCGUUUCUUCAAGGCGAAGAAACUGAUUGAGUAAAGCCAUCUACGAAGCGGGGACCAUGUUGAGGACGUUUGGUGAAAUGGUGUGCAAUUUGUGAGAGAAAAUAAGUUGGGUAGUAGACCCCCUAUACAAUUUUAAUUUAUUUCAGUCAACUUCAGUUUUUUACUAGCCUCAUCUCAGGCACUAUGUUUUGAUUAGAAAUACAUUGGUUUGAGAUUUACUCAUGCAAUAUUGCUACCAAUACUGUAUGAAAAUAAACACAAUUUUUAGUGAGUGCACAAAGCCUCCCAUCACACAUUCAGCUAUUGUUAUGCAAAAAUAAAGUGUCCCCAGUAUGUCAGGUA